CGGAAGGGCUGGGAGGAGGUGAGCCCCGCGCCGAGGAGCAGGCGAGUGUUGCUGUGGCCCCCGCCAUGUCCGCUCGCAACUUGGGCACGGAGCUGGACCUUAGCUGGAUCUCCAAAAUACAAGUGAAUCAACCAGCAGUUCUGAGACGUGCACAGCAAAUUCAGGCUCGCAGAACCGUGAAAAAGGAGUGGCAAGCUGCUUGGCUCCUGAAAGCUGUUACCUUUAUAGAUCUUACUACACUCUCUGGCGAUGACACGUCUUCCAACGUUCAAAGGCUCUGUUAUAAAGCCAAGUAUCCAAUUCGGGAAGAUCUCUUAAAAGCUUUAAAUGUGCAUGAUAAAGGCAUUACCACAGCGGCCGUUUGUGUUUAUCCUGCCCGAGUGUGUGACGCCGUGAAAGCGCUGAAGGCAGCGGGCUGUGCCAUCCCCGUGGCUUCGGUGGCCACAGGCUUUCCAGCUGGACAAACUCAUUUAAAAACUCGAUUGGAAGAGAUCAGAUUGGCUGUGGAAGAUGGAGCUACAGAAAUUGAUGUAGUCAUUAACAGGGCCUUGGUGCUGACAGGCCAGUGGGAAGCCCUGUAUGAUGAGAUUCGUCAGUUUCGCAAGGCCUGUGGGGCGGCUCAUCUCAAAACCAUCCUAGCAACAGGAGAGCUUGGAUCUCUUACUAAUGUCUAUAAAGCCAGUAUGAUAGCAAUGAUGGCAGGAUCAGAUUUUAUUAAGACCUCUACUGGAAAAGAAACAGUAAAUGCCACCUUCCCGGUAGCUGUAGUAAUGCUACGGGCCAUUAGAGAUUUCUUCUGGAAAACUGGAAACAAGAUCGGCUUUAAACCGGCAGGAGGCAUCCGCAGCGCCAAGGAGUCCCUGGCCUGGCUCUCGCUCGUGAAGGAGGAGCUGGGAGCUGAGUGGCUGACGCCGGCACUUUUUCGAAUAGGCGCCAGCACGCUGCUCUCGGACAUCGAGAGGCAGAUUUACCAUCACGUGACUGGAAGAUAUGCGGCCUAUCAUGAUCUUCCGAUGUCUUAAAUCAGUGACCAAUUCCAGAAAAGUUCUUUACAAUGAUGUUUGAAAUGUGUUUUUCUACAUAAUUGCUAAAAGUAUUUAGUUAGAAUAUGAGGGAAUGAAUAGGUGACUGACAUUUUUUCCCCUUCAAACGUUCACUGAAUUUAAUUUGAAGAAUAAAAGGAAAAAAACAACUAAUCCAUACAUGGUAUUUUUUUCAGGCACAUCUGAAAUGGCCCUAAUUACUUGAUGAUCUGUAUUGUUAAUUUUGUGAAGAUUUCCUCCUAAAAAUUCUGAGUAAAAUAUUAACGAUAACUUCGACAACGUUAAGUUUUAAGGGGAAAAAAAUGCUAGACUGCCCGUGACGCGUGCCUUAGCCAAAGAAAAUGCCGCAUUCUGGAGCUUCUGGCUGCACGCUAAUGACUUCGGGAAUCACUGACUUGGCACUAAUUUCAUGCCAUGAAAAUCUGUCUUUAAUUUUUACAACAGUUACGCUCUUUUAUUAAUUGUUUUGCUAAUGAAACCUCUGUCACCGUUAUAUGGUAUUAUGGCUAUUAUCUUUUUUAAACAUCUCUCUGUAGUUUAUUGUUUUGGAAAAAAACUUUUCAAUUGUUAACAGUACAUACUAAAAAAGUAAUCCAUCAAAUACAUGAAAAGGUUUUUUAUCAAU